AUGGGGUUUCGGUCAAAGAUUAUCGCCUCCAGCUUCAUCAAUGCCGCACUUGCAGCCACAUCGACAAUAUCAGCCACAGCCUCGGUCACCAGCAUAUUUCUCCCCGGCUUCGAUCAGCAAGGCCUGGUUGCUUCCGUCAUUACAGCUGCGCCGACCGCGACAGCAUACUUUGUGCAAUGCAACCCAAACGCGGUAGUAGACUGCGGACUUGGUGGCGGCGUGACACUGACAGAGGGGCCUUCCACCUUUGAAGUCAGCAUAAACAGCACUGACAUGACAAUAAGUGAGGCCUGUCAAUUCUCGUCAAAUACGGCUUCUUGCACAUAUAGCACACCUGGAGGAGAACCAGCAGCAGAGAGCGCAACAGGGCUACAGGCCAUGUAUUUGAAUGUGACCAUCACGGCCGGGUUUGAGGCUCUUGCUUCCGCGUCGAGCAUUUCAGCCGCCUCAGUUGCUUCGAUCUCGAGCGUUUCUGCCGCCUCGGUUGCCUCGAUCUCGAGCGUGUUGGCGGCCGAGGCAGCGGCCAAGACUGCAGACGUUUUGGCCACAGCGACGGGCACUGCUACUGUUGCGGCGACAGCGAGCUCAACCUCGUCAUCAAAGACCAGCGCGGCGAACCCAGCAGAGACGGACAACGGCAUGGGAAGCGCUGGUAUACCUGGAGCCAGACGGGACAUUGGGGGAGUUGCCGCCGCCUGUCUCAUUGCUGCUGGUCUGCUGGCCAUGUAA